AUGGAUUGUUGUGGUGCCAUUGCGAUACUCGUCAUCAUUGUCGUCCCGCUUGUCACGAGAGGUUAUUCUAUACCCUCCCUGCGUCAGCGUGCUCCUUCCAAGCUUACCGUUCUGCGCUCACAUACACAGACAAACAGACACGCACACACGUCUAUACAUAUACAUCGAGGCGUACAUAGACAGACCGACCGACUGGCUACGACACGAAUAGCCUUCUUCUCCAUCAAUUGCAUUGAUUGUAUGAAUAACAGGCCGAACACGGAGAGCGCAGAGAGUGCAACACAACGGCUGCAGCAACAGCAACACUGCCACGGCAACAGCAACGAUAUGUUGACGUACGCUGCGUUGCGGACACGCGCGCGCACGCCCCAUUCGACAGCAUCACAACUAUCUUCGCCAGCAUCUGCGGCGGCGGUGGCACUGAGAGCAGCACAGCACGAGAAGAGACCUCUGCACCCACGACGUCCUACUCGAGCUUAG